GCUACUGCGAUAGACUUUACGUAAACCUAUACCAUCAACUUCCUGUGUUUUUUUUAAAGACAGUUUUAGAACAAGCACCAUGCGGCCGCUUACUACAGAAGAAACGAGCACGUUUUUCGAUAAAUUGUCCAAAUAUAUUGGGGAAAAUAUCAAGCUCCUGGUAGAUCGUCAAGAUGGAGCCUACUGUUUCCGGUUACACAAGGACAGAGUCUAUUAUCUCAGUGAGGAUCAACUGAAAAUUGGAAGUUCAGCCGCUGGGGAAUGUCUGCUGAGCAUUGGUUCUUGCUUUGGAAAGUUCACUAAAUCUGGAAAGUUUCAUUUACAUGUCACUGCCUUAGACUAUCUUGCCCCUUAUGCCAAGCACAAAGUGUGGCUGAAGUCUAGUGCAGAGCAGCAGUUCCUCUAUGGCCACCAUGUGAUGAAGUCGGGCUUGGGUCGUAUCACGGAGAGCACAGAACAGUAUCAGGGAGUCAUUGUCUACAACAUGAAUGAUUUGCCUUUGGGGUUUGGAGUUGCUGCCAAGUCAACUCUAAACUGCAGAAAUUGUGACCCCAUGACAAUCGUGGUGUUUCACCAGGCAGAUACUGGAGAAUACAUUAGAAAUGAAGACGCUCUGACAUAAGUCUUUGAGUUUGGGAUUAGACUGGACUCACUUUUUGUAAAUAAAGCAUCCUCAUGUGUAUCACCAACA